AUGCACAUAUUACUAUAUAGUGCAAUUGUAUUAUCCAUCGUUAUUUCUGGAUAUUCUGGAGCACCAUUCAAAUCAUCUGAUAGUUGUGGUUACAAUGCAUGUAAUUUAGGACAAUCUAAUAAACUUAAUGUUCACAUUGUUCCACAUACUCAUGAUGAUGUCGGUUGGCUAAAAACUGUGGAUCAAUAUUUCUAUGGCGCUCGUAAUGAUAUUCAACAUGCUGGUGUUCAAUAUAUUCUCGAUUCAGUCAUUGAAUCACUCGUUGAAAAUCCUGAUCGUCGUUUUGUUUAUGUUGAAAUAGCCUUUUUUUGGCGUUGGUGGAUGCAACAAACUGAUGAAAUGCGUAAUACAGUGAGAGAACUUGUUAACCAAGGUCGUCUAGAGUUCAUUUCGGGUGGAUGGUCAAUGAAUGAUGAAGGUGUUACACAUUACAAUUCAAUUAUUGAUCAACAUAGUUUAGGUGCAGAAUUUCUACGUGAUCAAUUUGGCGAAUGUGGUCGGCCAAAACUUGGUUGGCAGAUUGAUCCAUUUGGUCAUUCACGAGAAGUAGCAUCAUUAUUUGCACAGAUGGGUUUUGAUGGAUUAUUUUUUGGACGAAUAGAUUUUCAAGAUCAUAUUCAACGAGCUCAAACAAAAAGAAUGGAAAUGAUUUGGAAAGGAAGUUCUAAUCUAGAUGAACAAAGUUGGCUUUUUACUGGUGUAAUACCGAGAACUUAUAAUGCACCUGAUUCUUUUUGUUUCGAUUAUUUAUGUCAUGAUGAACCGAUGAAAGAUGAUCCAAAAUUGCAUGAUUAUAAUAUACCAGAACGAGUUCAAGCAUUUAUUGAUGCAGCACAUAAUCAAGCUGAUAGUUAUACAACAAAUCAUAUAAUGAUGACAAUGGGUAGUGAUUUUCAGUAUGAAAAUGCCGAUGAAUGGUAUAAGAAUUUAGAUAAAUUAAUCAAAUAUGUCAAUGCUCAGCAAACGAAUGGAAGUGAUGUUAAUAUAUUCUAUUCUACUCCUACAUGUUAUUUAUAUGCAUUAAACAAAGCCAAUCGAACUUGGAUAACAAAAACUGAUGAUUUUUUCCCAAUUGCAUGGAAUCAACAUGGAUCUUGGACUGGUUAUUUUACUUCAAGACCAGCAUUGAAACGUUUUGAACGUUAUUCAAAUAAUAUUCUUCAAGUAACACGACAAUUGAAUGCAUUUUCAAAUGCUACACUACGUCACGGAAUUUUUCCUUUAAGUGAAGCAAUGGGUAUUGCUCAACAUCAUGAUGCAGUUAGUGGAACAGAAAAACAACAUGUUGCUGAUGAUUAUGCUCAACGAUUAGCACAAGGCAUUGAUUCAGCAUUGUAUGUUAUUAAUGAAGCUUAUAAAAAAUUAUUAUCAAAAAAUACUCAAUCAUUACCAGUUCCAACACAAUAUCUUUGUCAAUUUUCAAAUAUUAGCGAGUGUUUAACAAUUGAAGGACAAGAUAAUUUUACAUUAACAAUUUGGAAUCCAACCAUUCAACUCAUUGAAGAUAUAGUUCGUGUACCAGUAACAAAAAAUUAUACGAUUCAUAGUCCAACUGGUGAAAUUAUUGCAACUACGCUUAUUCCAAUUUCUUCACCAACAAGAAAUAUUCCUGGACGAACAAGUUCAGCUGAAUAUGAAUUAUUAUUUCGAACACCUAUACAACCUCUUGCUUUUAAUACUUAUUAUUUCGAAGCUAAAACUCAUAUGACAAAGGAAACCAAAUUACCAACGAGAGUGACAAAAAAUCAAGCUUGUAUACUUCAAAAUCAACAUCUUCGAAUUGAAUUCGAUGAAAAAGGCAAUCUAAAUAAAAUUGUUAAUCGUGAUAGAAAUUUUGAAAUACCAUUCUCUGCUCAUGGUCUAUAUUGGUAUACGAGUUUUCCCGGUAAUAAUUCUGCUCCAGAAUUUCAAGCAUCAGGUGCUUAUUGCUUUCGUCCAUUAACACCCAGUACAUUUCCAGUAAGCAGUUCUCGAAAUAUAACAUGUACUUAUACGGAUGAAGUUCAAACAGCAUUAAUUAUUUACAAUCAAUGGGCUAGUCAAGAGAUUAGUCUUUACGAUCAAGGACAAACAAUUGAAAAUAAAUGGAUUGUUGGACCAAUACCUAUUGAAGAUCAUAUUGGUAAAGAAAUAAUCAUGCGAUAUGAUACAAAUAUACCAAGUAAUGGAUUGUUUUAUACCGAUGCUAAUGGACGUGAAAUGAUUGAACGUCAAAGAGAUUUUCGAUCAUCGUAUAAUUAUACAGUCUAUGAAAAUGUUAGUGGAAAUUAUUAUCCAGUUGCAAGUCGAAUUUGGAUUAAAGAUAAUCAAAGACAAAUGACAAUACUUACAGAUCGAUCUCAAGGUGGUUCAAGUAUGCGUGAUGGAUCGAUUGAACUUAUGGUACAUCGUCGUACACUUUAUGAUGAUCGCCAAGGUGUUGCUGAACCAAUGAAUGAAACAGCUUAUGGUCAAGGUCUUGUCGUUCGUGGUAAACAUUUUCUCAUUGUUGAACCACCAGAAUUCAGUGCUCUUUAUCAUCGUAUUGCUACUCAACGUCUUUUUAUGAAUCCACUAAAGACUUAUGCAUUACCGAACAUGUCCUAUGUUAAUUAUUCAAUUAAUUAUCGUCAAACAUGGUCAGCUUUGAAUGGAAGUCAACCAUUACCAAUUAAUAUUCAUUUAUUAACCUUUGAUCAACUGACAUCAAAAGUAUUUCUUAUACGACUUGAACAUUUUUUUGAAUUGAAGGAAGAUGCCAAUUUAUCAAGACCAGUUCAAAUUGAUUUACAAAGUUUAUUUAAUGUAUUUGGUAAUAUUACAGAUUUUGUUGAGUUAAAUCUCACAGGUAAUUUACCUUUGAAUCAAAUGAAUCGUCUUGUUUGGAAAACAGAUAACAAUGAAUCAUCUUAUUGGAAAUCAAAAGAUUCCAGUCCAUCAAAAAUUCAAAACAAAUCUCAAAUAUGUAAGAACACAACGCAAUAUGGUGAAUGUUCCACAAACAGUGCAUGUGGAUGCUUUCAUGUAAUAGGUGCUAAGAACGAUACAGGCAUUUGUGGUUUUCGCUGGUUAGCAUGUUCUCAUCUUGUACUGUGUAAUUCAUCAGGCUAUUCAUGUUCUCAACCUAAUACGACGUGUGUUCAACAUCCACAAUGUAAUGAUCUUCCUGUAUGUUAUCCAGUUACAAUGACCGAUCAAAGUAUCUGUCCACCAAUGAAAAAUAAGACAAAUCUUGAAUGGAAGCAAAAUGCCAUCACUGUAGCUGGUGGAAAUGGAGAAGGACAAGAAUUAAAUCAACUCAAUAUCCCUCAUGGAAUCUUUAUUGAUAAAAACAAAAAUAUUUUCAUUGCUGAUUCUGGCAAUCAUCGUAUUGUUGAAUGGAAAUAUAAUGCAGAAGAAGGACAAAUCAUUGCAGGUGGAAAUGGACAAGGAAAUCAAACGAAUCAAUUGAAUUAUUCAUCAGCUGUGAUUGUUGAUCAACAGAAUCAUUCGAUCAUCAUUGCUGAUCGUUGGAACAGACGAGUAAUCCAAUUGUUGAAUCAAACACAGCACAUUCUCAUUGAGAAUAUUGACUGUUAUGGCUUGGCAAUGGAUAAAAAUGAAUUUCUUUAUAUUUCUGAUUAUGAGAAACAUCAAGUGAGACGAUGGAGAAUGGGAGAAUAUAACAAUGAAGGAAUUGUAGUGGCAGGUGAAAAUGGUGCAGGAAAUCAACUCAAUCUACUCAGGCAUCCUACUUUUAUCUUUGUUGAUGAAGAUCAAUCUAUUUAUGUAUCAGAUUACCGCAAUCAUCGUGUGAUGAAAUGGAGAAAAGAUGCAAAAGAAGGAACAGUUGUGGCUGGAGGAAACGGUCACGGAGGAGAAUUCAAUCAAUUGUAUCAUCCUCAAGGAGUAUUUGUUGAUGAUUUGAGUCAAAUCUAUGUGGCAGAUCAAUUGAAUAAUCGAAUAAUGCGUUGGCGUGAAGGAAAAGAAGAGGGUGAAAUUGUUGUUGGUGGAAAUGGUUCAGGUGGUCAUCCGAAUCAAUUGUAUUAUCCCCAUGGUCUAUCUUUUGAUGGUGAAAGACAUCUUUAUGUUGCUGAUACUUUUAAUCAUCGAAUUCAAAAAUUUGAAAUAAUUUUGUGA